AAGGAAGCGUGUAUAUAUAAUUGCGUUGAUUUAUUUAUCAGCUUAUCUGUGCGUGCGCGGCGGAAGUGCAAGUGCCAAAAUGAGCUCUCGAUAAGUCUUGCUCAUAAAAGCAUAAAAGGGUCGAUAGUCGUUUGAUUGUCAGUGUCGAAAAGUAUGCUGCCCCCUGUGGUUCUGCUCUUUUGCCUCGCCGCGAUCGGUGGUUCCGAUGGACAAUUCAUCUGCUCCUCAAACACGGAAUUGCUUGCCCAGGUUAAUUCAACUCUGCUGAAGAGAAUGGACGAUGCUGAGCUGAAUCUGGCUGCAGAAAUGCGUCAAGUUUUGGCAAAAGUCGAGAGCUUGGAAGGGACUUUUGCGUUGAGUAGAGACGAAGAAAAAUCAGUUCAAUCUGCUAAUUCCGUUAAAUUCGACGACUUGCAGCAGAAUCUCAUGAAUAAACUCGAAGAUAGCAAUUUAGCGAUUGGGGAAGAGUUGAAAAACUUGGUGAACUUCAUAGACUCAAUGAAAUCCGAGGUUGCAUCUCUAACAGCUAAAUUUGCCCAGCUGGAGUCGAGUUUUAUGGAUAGCUUGACGAGUGGUUUUAAGGACAUUGCCAUCAAACUCGAUUCAGUCAAGAGCACAUGCCAGAAUCAAACGAAUAUUUCUGAAGGAGAGCAAACUUCGGUGGAUGAAGAAAACUGCAAUCUUUCUACUGGAACGAAUCUGGUCACUCUGAGAAACGGCAAAAAAUAUGCUUUCAGCGACUUUGCGCUCUCGUGGUUUUCUGCUAAAUUAUUUUGCGAGCAACGCGGCUUGACUUUGGUGACGAUAAAAUCAAAUCAGGACUUUUCCGCUCUAAACGAUGCAGUCGGCAACAAAGACGUUGUAUUUUGGCUGUCGGCCUCGGACGUAGGACGCCCUCGAGGACAGUUCGCGUGGUUAGACGGGACGCCGCUGAGCAGAAGAGGGCCGAUGUGGUACCGCGGCCAAGCAGUUUACUACCAGCAAAAUCAGCAAAGUUGCGUUCUUCUCUACAAAUCGAAGCUGCACGCCUACAACUGCUUGGCGAAUUAUAAUUUUAUUUGCCAAUUGCCGCCGCAAUGCUACAAAAAUAAAUAAAUAAAUAAACAUUUUAAUAUUCA